UUGAGUCAGGAGUGAAAGUAUUUCCCUUUUUAUUUUUCCAGAAAAACUUGUCUAUCUUUCUAGGACUUUCAAUUUAUCUAUCAUUUGAAGCUUAUAAUAUCUGCAAUUUUGACCAUUAUAAUUGUUGCAAAAAUAUUUGUAGGAAGUCGUAUUGGUAAUUGUUGUUGGAAGGAAGACGUGUGUUGUAGCAGUGAACCGAUUUUGAGAAGCAGUCAUUGUGUCAGAGAGUUGGUUAAUAGUUCUGUUGGAAGCUAUUUGCCAGCUGAGAUUGACGUUUUCUGUCAACCAGUGAGCGAAGAUAAUACCGUGUUCGCAACACGUAUGUCACUUAUCUGCGCUACUGGGAGGAUUGUAGUGAUAUUUAUCGUUGGAUAGCGUGUUGAUGGAAUAGUUUUGAACCUACUACAGCCCCUGCGCCCUAGCCCCCGUCAUGUCAGCAGGAUCAACUUUACAGAAGGCCAUUGACUUGGUCACUAAAGCAACAGAAGAAGACAAGAAUAAAAACUAUGAAGAAGCAUUGAAGUUAUAUGAACAUGGUGUAGAAUAUUUUCUCCAUGCUAUCAAAUAUGAAGCACAAGGUGAAAAGGCAAAAGAGAGUAUUCGUGCAAAAUGUCUACAAUACUUGGACAGAGCAGAAAAGCUGAAAGAAUAUCUUAAGAAGGGAAAGAAGAAACCUGUUAAAGCUGGUGAAUCAAAUUCCAAAAAUGACGAAAAGAAAAGUGACAGUGAUAGUGAUUCAGAUGAUCCUGAGAAGAAGAAAUUACAGAGCAAAUUGGAAGGUGCAAUUGUGGUAGAGAAACCUUGUGUUAAAUGGUCAGAUGUAGCUGGUCUUGAAGGAGCCAAAGAGUCUCUAAAAGAAGCAGUAAUACUUCCAAUAAGGUUUCCACAUUUAUUCACUGGAAAGAGAAUACCAUGGAAGGGAAUUCUUCUAUUUGGGCCACCAGGUACUGGUAAAUCAUAUUUAGCUAAAGCUGUAGCAACUGAAGCUGACAAUUCAACAUUUUUCUCCGUUUCUUCUUCGGACCUGGUGUCUAAGUGGCUGGGUGAAUCUGAAAGAUUGGUGAAGAAUCUGUUUGAGCUAGCUAGACAACGCAAACCAAGUAUAAUAUUUAUUGAUGAAGUGGAUUCAUUGUGCUCCUCACGUUCUGACAAUGAAUCAGAAUCAGCAAGGCGCAUAAAAACAGAAUUCCUCGUUCAGAUGCAAGGAGUGGGUAAUGAUAAUGAUGGAAUAUUGGUUCUGGGUGCCACAAAUAUUCCAUGGGUUUUGGAUUCUGCCAUCCGCAGAAGAUUUGAGAAGCGAAUAUAUAUUCCUCUUCCAGAAGAACAUGCUAGACUAACAAUCUUCAAACUACAUUUAGGAAAUACAUCACACACACUCACAGAGGAAGACUUCAAAGUACUCGCAAACAAAACUGAGGGAUAUUCUGGAGCAGACAUUAGUAUUGUAGUGCGAGAUGCACUCAUGCAGCCAGUUCGCAAGGUCCAGACUGCAACACAUUUUCAAAGAGUUCGAGGUCCAUCACCUAUUGAUCCUAAUGUAAUAGCAGAUGACCUACUAACUCCAUGUUCCCCAGGUUGUCCUGGCGCUAUAGAGAUGACAUGGAUGGAUGUUCCUGGUGACAAACUAUUUGAACCGCCCGUGACAAUGAAUGACAUGCUUCGAUCUUUAGCAACAUCCAAACCAACACUAAAUGAAGAGGAUAUGACAAAACUUGAGAAGUUUAAGGAAGAUUUUGGCCAGGAAGGUUAACUGCAGCUUUCAGUCUUCAUCUGGCUAUUUCAAGAAGUUUAUAUUUUAUGAAUCACGGUCUCCUUGAACUCUUAUUUUUUUGCAUGCUUGUAAAAAGCUGUUGCAAAGCAAGAGUGAAUUGUCUGUGUGUGAUAUUCUUGUACUGAACAAUGCAUAGUUACAGUAGAAUGGAAGGGCAAGGAGGCAGUGCCACCAAAACUGUAUACUGUUGAAUUUGAAACAUCACUUCGUGCGCAUGUGUGGAAAUUAUUUUGGUAAAUAAGAGCAUUUAGCAUGUGUAGAGCCGUAACGGGCGUGUUCUCCCUCUGAUUAAGGCAAGAGGGUUUCAGUCUGAAUGAAACUGGAACAUGACCAGAAGAGUUAGUUAAUAUUUGUUGCAUUUUACUUCUGCCUAAAAAUACUUAAAAUUCUAGAAAGGAUGUAAAGAGAUAAUGAUUUUGUGAGCUCGUGAAUUGCUUGUCUUCACCUAAAUGAUGAUAUUUUCUUCCUUUCCUGGGAGAGAAGAGGGAUCCACAAAACUGCAUCAAUGAUGAAUUUCAGGUUAGAGCAAACUUGCUAAAAUAAAUACAGAAAAUUUCAUGUGUUUAACUUCAGUUUCAUUUUUUUAUGUCCACUUCCUAAAAGUUAAUUUUUAUGGAUAUUUUAUACCUGUCUUUCAUUUAACCCUUUUAGGCAAUUUUUGUGUUAUAUUGUGAUGUACAUAACAAAGAUCUAAGUGUGAGCUGAAAUAUAGCAAACCAUGUUCUUUAGUGUGUGAAUGUUUUUACAUUUGUUUACAUGUAACUUCAAUGUUGUAUGACUCCAUUCACGUAAUAUAACCUUGUACAGUCAUAUGGCUAAUAGAUUCAGUAUAUAAAUUGCUUUAGGAGUGGGGUGUUGUACAUCUCCAUCUCAGCUUUAAUGUAAGUUUUUACUGCCCUUGUUAUUAGAGCAGAAUUCACUCUUACAUGUUGCCAGGAAUCAAUAUUCCACAAGGGUGAUAAUUUUUGUUGUUUAGUUGUUUUACAGUGAUAUUGCUGACAAGGAAAGAGCAGUGUGUAAAACCACAGGAAUGACAGUAAAUAAAUUUUUAUGCAUGUCA